CAUGCUCGGCAGCCCCAAGGCUCGCGGUGGCAAGUCGGAAGCGUUCGCACCAGCGAGGCAGCGACCCGGCAGCGGCGGCCGCGGGCAGGACGGAGCGGGUGGAGCGGGUGGAGCGGGCAGGGCGGGCCGGGAGGGGCAGCCGUCUCCCUCGCGCACGGCGAGCCAGCCGGAGAGCGCGAUCCCGCUGCGGAGCCCGGACGCUGCCCUGCCCCGGAUUUCAGUGCGCGGCGGGGGGCUCGGCGAGCGGAAUUCCUGCGGCGGCCGCGACUCCCGUGCAAGGUGAGGCAGCAUGACCAGCCCCGAAUGUGCCCCUGGGCAUUAGCCAUUCGCUUUACUUUAGGAGAAAGAAGACCACCGUCCGCUUGAGAGGCAAAGCCUUAGUGACCGAAGAACGGUAGAUCUUCUGAAUUUCGAGGGCAGUGAAGUAGGAGCAUAGCAGAGGGCGUACGAAAGACAACACGUUGGAAGGAAGAUUGAUAAGACAAAAGCAACAUGAUUCAGGGUCACCACUGAGAUCUUUGGGGGUUUCCCAGAAGCUUGUGGUUGGGAACGUCAUGAAGGAAGAGACAGGAGCCGGCCUGAGGAAGCGUGCGUGAGAAUAACGUGGAAGGAGCCCAUCGGUAGAUGCAGAAGGGCUGCUUUAGGAGGCCUGGAAACUGAGUUUUGGAAGGAUUCAGUAACGGACAGCCACUCCGCGGGGCCUGUCUGUCCAGCCCGAGUCAGAUCCUUCUCCACUGUCCAUGGUUUUGAAAGUCUUCCGCGCUGAGUGACCAGCCUAGAAAGCUCUUGCCGGCCGGUGAGCAUGGGGCUCCUUCCUCUUGGUGUUGGGUUCAGUCUCUUAUGUCCCUGACUCUGAGUCCUAUACUCCUAACUUAUUGAUGUUGGUGAUGGAAGUGAGCUGGAGCAGUGGGAGAAGCUGGUAACUUCUCAGAAGCCAAGAUGACAAGAAUUGUUUUAAAUAAUCAAAGGAAGACGGCCGGGGCGCCAUGAGGUGAGCGCGCCGGCCCCGAGAGCCCCCGAGAGCGGUGUGCGGGCUGCGGGAGCGAGAGCGGCCCCGCACGUCUGGCCACGCACGUCCCCGGCAUGAGGCCGGGCAGCAUGGGCGCGCCGCCGCGGGACCGCUGACCCCCGCCCGCCGGGACCAUGAAGGAGGUGGCGUACUGGUCCCCCAAGAAGGUGGCAGACUGGCUGCUGGAGCACGCCAUGCCCGAGUACUGUGAGCCCCUGGAGCACUUCACGGGCCGGGACCUGAUCGGCCUGACCCGGGAGGACUUCACGCGGCCACCCCUGUGCCGCGUGUCAGCCGACAGCGGGCAGCGGCUCCUGGACAUGAUCGAGACCCUGAAGGUGGAGCAGCACAUGGAGGCGCACAAGAACGGCCAUGCCAACGGGCACCUGGGCGCAGGUGCGGCCGGCCCCGGCCUCCAGGCCAAGCCCAACGGGGUGCCCAACGGCUAUAGGAAGGAGAUGAUCAAGAUCCCCAUGCCGGAGCCGGAGCGCUCCCAGUACCCCAUGGAGUGGGGCAAGACGUGCCUGGCCUUUCUGUAUGCGCUGGCCUGCUUCGUCCUCACCACAGUGAUGAUCUCGGUCGUCCACGAGCGAGUGCCUCCCAAGGAGGUGCAGCCCCCGCUGCCGGACACGUUCUUCGACCAUUUUAACCGAGUGCAGUGGGCCUUUUCUAUCUGUGAAAUUAACGGCAUGAUCCUCGUAGGACUCUGGCUAAUUCAGUGGCUGCUCUUAAAAUACAAAAUUGGACUUUCAAGCUACCGACUAGGAAAAAGCCCUGGGGAGUCUCUGCAUUUGUGUCAGACUUCACUGCAAAACAGGUCCAUCAUCAGCAGAAGAUUCUUCUGCAUCGUCGGCACACUGUACCUGUACCGCUGUAUCACCAUGUACGUGACCACCCUCCCGGUGCCCGGCAUGCAUUUCAACUGCUCUCCGAAGCUUUUUGGAGACUGGGAAGCGCAGCUGCGGAGAAUCAUGAAGCUCAUCGCCGGCGGUGGCCUCUCCAUCACCGGCUCCCACAACAUGUGUGGGGACUACCUGUACAGCGGGCACACCGUCAUGCUCACGCUCACCUACUUAUUUAUCAAAGAGUACUCCCCGCGACGACUCUGGUGGUACCACUGGAUCUGCUGGCUUCUCAGCGUGGUUGGGAUCUUCUGCAUCCUCUUGGCGCACGACCACUACACUGUGGACGUGGUGGUGGCCUACUACAUCACCACGAGACUCUUCUGGUGGUACCACACGAUGGCCAAUCAGCAAGUGCUAAAAGAAGCCACCCAGAUGAACCUGCUGGCUAGGGUGUGGUGGUACAGGCCGUUCCAGUACUUUGAAAAGAAUGUCCAAGGAAUCGUGCCUCGCUCGUACCAUUGGCCCUUCCCCUGGCCAGUCGUCCACCUCGGCAGGCAAGUCAAGUACAGCCGCUUGGUGAGCGACACGUAACGGCGCACGAGGCGGGCAAGCGAGGAGCUGUCUGAAGUGCUAGAACUGCACAAGAGAAGAUGCCAUGAACACACCUCCCUGACCCCGUUCUCCUUCAGCAGUUCCCUUGACUUAACCUAUUGAGUUACCUGGUCAGCACUGUGAUCUUUUUUUCUCUCCAAAGGACCUGCGUUGGACAACAAUAAAGAAAAUCUAACCUAUCAUGCACUGUACACAUUUUCCUGUUCAUAAGUUUGGGAUUUCCAUAACCUGCGACCACCAUGUUCCUUUGUAUAUGAUGCAACAGCAUAAAUGUAAGCUUUUAUAUCAUCAGUUCUGGUCUUUCCAGGCACAUCUGGAAAUAAAGCGUAUUAUUUUCUUGGGAAAACAUACUUUUCAUAUCUCUUGCCCCAAAGAUUGGGCUGUAAGCCAUUUUCUAGCAAAUGUCUCUAUGAAGGUUUCUAAGUACCUGAAUGGGGUUCGAUUCUGAAAUCUUUCUACCUGUUGCACCGAUAUUCAAAUAAAAAUGACAGACACAGAAAGGUUCGGUAACUUUGGGUUUUGUAAAAAUCAGCAGAGAGAGUGUGUCAAAAAGUGCAAAAAAAAAAAAAAAAAGAUUCUGUUAUAAAGUGAUUUUCUAAGUAUUUCCUAACUUUAUUUUUCAAAAUAAUGUUAUGAAAACCAAAUUUAAAGAUUUUUACAUGUCAGAGAGAAGAGAGUUAAAAUUUAAAAAUGCUUCUUGGGAGAGAAAUUUGUCUAUGUUUAUAGUGCCUUUCUUGUCUUGAUUGUAUGGUCAGUAGGCAAUCUUAAAUGUUUUUAUUUAAAAUAAAAUAUUCCAUGGAAAUAUAAAUGUAUGUAUACACUACUAAAUUUUGCAUUUAUAGCUAAAUUAAAUCAGAAGACUGCUUAUGGUUUUUAAAUCGCUAUGAAUUAGAGGAUGGGGGAGUUAAUUAGAAAGUCAGAGCCUGUUCCCAUAUUGUGAGCAGGUGGCAAUGACACAUAUACCACUUAAAUUAUUUUAUCAUCUAUUUGGUAGUUCGAUUUUAACUAUACAAUGAAAACAGCCAUGAAAACUUUGUUUUUAAAAAGAGAGUUUUGAAAAUGAUCACUUAACUAAAACUUGAAAGCUCUAAAUUAGUUAUCCGUACUCUUAUGACAAUUUUGUUGGUGAACAACAAAACAGAGAUCUAUUUCUUUAAAAUAUAUUUGUGCAGAAACUGCAUGUAACUCGAAGUUUUACUCCCAACAUGAGUAUGUUUGGGGAAGUAUUCUCUUCUAUACUUGCCAAUGUGGAGAACAAAAUAGUUUUUUAAGAAUGAAGAAGUAUAUAUAUCCAUUCUGUAUUUUACGCGGCAGAAUUAUCUUCCGUAGGGUUUUUUUGUGAAUUCACAAGGUGAUAUUUGUAUUGUAAAACAAUAAUGGUGAAGGAAAUAAAAAAGGCUUUUAAAAUUUUGUUUGUUUUAAAUAUUUGUAAAGUUAUUAUUCCAGAGAGUACACUGAUAUCUUAACGGCUUACCUAGAUCAUAAAUUAAUCAAAAUGCACUUUUUAAUAAAACCUGAUACUUAAAAUA